AUGCGAUUCUCUUCGAAAAUGGACCUUCAUUUUUACUCUGAACUCUCAGACAACCAAAACGUGGAUUCUGCGUUUCUAAACACACAAGCCUUUAAUGGUUACGCUGAAGGAAAUAAGUUUUCUGGGGGAGGAGACAAUUAUCUUACAAUUGAUGGAGGUGGUCACCCCUUUCUAUCUGCAGAACAUACAUUUCACACACCUAGUCUAGGGGAUGAGGUUUUUGAGAUCCCUCCCAUCUCCCUGGACCCAGAUCCAGCUCUAAACAUCAGUGAAGAUGUGUCCCACUAUGAGACACCCGGGUCCCGCAGUCUUGUGAGCAACAUGGUAGUGGAGGCCAGUGACCCUUCAUUCGCUUCAAGCUUUUUCAACUCCUCAACCCAAGGCAUUGACCGACAAGCAGAAGGUCACGCUGAGGGAGGGGUUCUUCUAAGCUCAUCAGCCUUGGAAAUGGGAAAUUCUGUGUCACAUUUUGGUAGCUCUUCACCAAUGACUAUAGAUGUUCAACUUGGCGAUAUGGAGCCAGAUCUUUUGGGAACCAGUCAAAUUGGAACUAUAAACCCAUCAGAGCUCACACUGGGUCUUGGAGACGCGGGGGACCGAUCUGAAGUUAUUCCCUCAACGCCGUCACCCGCAAGCUCCCUGCAAGACGAGGAUAUGGAUGACUUCAAGAAGAGUGUUCUCGUGGACUCUCCGCUCACCACCUCCUCAACUGCGGUUUCACGCAUUUCGAUUCAGGGUAGCACAACCUCCACGAUCCAGAGGGGGAAACCUGCUCCUCUGGCCUCCCCCACAAAAAGAGGGCGCAGGAAAAAGGACCCCAACGAGCCGCAGAAGCCUGUGUCUGCGUACGCUCUGUUCUUUAGAGACACUCAGGCCGCCAUCAAAGGACAAAACCCAAACGCAACUUUUGGAGAGGUGUCUCGAAUAGUGGCAUCAAUGUGGGAUAGUCUAGCAGAGGAGCAGAAACAGGUUUACAAGAAAAAGACAGAGAUUGCCAAAAAAGGGUAUUUGAAAGCAUUAGCGGCAUACAAGGCCAACCAGCUCUCACGGUCGACCUCUGAAGAGUUGGAGGCCGGGUCGACGUCGCCCCAGGGAGAAAACGGCCCCGUCUGCAGUGAAGAAUCGGCCCCCCUUAUUUUAAACACAGGGACCAAACCCACCAUCACUAAGAUCCUCAUCCCAAAACACUUGCUGCAGCCAGGGCGCCAGGUAGUGACUUUGUUGCCAGGUGGGGUGCGCACUCUGCAGCCCUCCGCACUCCUCGUCCCCGCUGCGGCCCGCGGCCCUCCUCCUCUGCAGCAGAUGCAAAACGCUCCUCCACCACCGCGGCUGCAGCAGAUGGCACCGGCUCCUCCGCGGCUACAGGCCAAGCCCACCACGGCACCGAGCGUGUGCGCGGCGCCGCCGCCGCUGCAGAUAAAGAUUGUACCCGCGCCCGUGCAGCCGGUGGAGCUGGUGGAUGAGCAUGAACCUGCGGAGGACGACGAUGUUUCGGAAGAGGAGCCGGUGGAAGAGGAUGUGAUGGAGGUGAGUGCAGCCCCAGUUUGCUCAGAGAUGGUCUGCCUCAGAGCUGGGUGCAACAAACCUGCGGUGGUCAGUGAGGACUGGGACAAAGAAUACUGCAGCAACGAAUGCGUGGCCACACACUGCAGGGAUGUUUUUCAGGCCUGGUGCUCCAUCAGAACUCAUUCUGUCACUGCAGUGAACUGA